UGUCUUGAUGAUUUUCUGAAUUUACUGAUUACCGUUUGGCGGCUGAUUUUAUAAAAUUUACAAAAAUAUUGUAAAAACCCGAUAUUUCAAAAGUAAUUUUCAAGUUGCUUUCAAGGUAUAAAAAUGUCAUCAGGACCAGAACCCAAGGCCGUGGAAGCGGAAAAUCAAGAAGCGGGAUCGAGUAUGUUUACCGAUAUAAUUUAUAGCCCCGUUAAUUUGCUAUUGACUGUGAACUGUGUUUUUAUUGUUGUAAUGAUAUAUAAAUUAUUAAGGAAUAGGUUUUCUAAAAAGUCGGUUGAGGCUGCGAUGCCAGAAUUGCCUAAAAUUCGUAAAGAUAUGACGGUGGCGGAGUUGCGGCAGUAUGAUGGUAUUCAGCCGGACGGGCGCGUGCUGGUGGCUGUAAACGGGUGGAUAUUCGACGUUACGCGGGGACGCCGCUUCUACGGGCCUGGUGGUCCAUAUGCUACAUUUGGCGGUAAGGACGCCUCCCGAGGGCUGGCAACAUUCUCCGUGACGUCAUCAGACAAGGAGUAUGAUGACCUAAGUGAUCUCAACUCUAUGGAGAUGGAGUCAGUUAAAGAGUGGGAGGCUCAGUUCCGAGAGAAAUAUGACCUAGUGGGGCGCCUACUGAAGCCGGGAGAAGAGCCUACAAACUACUCUGACGAGGAGGGAGAUGACACCGACCCACCCACCGCUAACUCCAUUGACAAAAAGGACAACUAAUUACAACUAUCUAUUUAUUUCUAUACAUCUAUUCGAACUAAGGUUCCGGUAGACUUGUGCCUUCACUUGUAACAUAAAGAGUGCUCUGUUUUUACAACUCGGAUACUAAAAUGACAUUUCUAUCGGCUAUCACAUUUUCUCUUUAGAACACACAAUGAAAUAAUAAAACGGUUUUGUUAGAUCUGUUCUUGUUCAUUAAAAGCUCGUGUUGUUACAAGUGAAUGUUUAUAUGUAUAUGCACCUUAAUAACAUUGGCUUUGGAUAACAUUUGGAAGUAAGGCACAUACAUGAGCUUACAUUCCUGCAUGGUGUUUUUAAUUUCGCAAAAUUGCGACUUGCGACGAAAAUUGUAUUUAGAAUAAUAUAUUCGUUGCAUUUGUGAUCCGAACACAUAACCGCAUUUACCGCAUUAUAGCGUAUGAAGAACAUUUUCAAUAUUCGCGACGUAACACUCAAUAUGGCACUCGCUAAUUUAAACUAACCUAUAUAUCAAAAGGUGGUUGAUAAAGAAAUAUUUUUAUAUAAAGCAAACCAAAAAAUAAUAACCUAAAUGAUGGCGGUAUCAUUCUGUUUCUAGGCUAGCAUUUAUUUACUCAAAAACUAAUUUAAAUUUUAAAUUCUAAUGUUCAAGGUCAAUUAGCUUUAAUUCUAUGUGCUGAUAACUUUCAAAAGAAGACUAAAUUAUUUUUAACAGUAAGGAGGUAUUAAGGUUGUUUUUUUUUUAUACGAUUAUUUGGUUGAGUUAGGAUAGUUACAGACUAAUAAUAUCUACCCAUGACGUCAUCGGCUCGUUCCGCUCGUUAUCAAUCGUGUGUAUUCGUGAUCUCAAACAUUUAGAUCAGUGACACUGUUUAUUUUUAUCCAAUUUAAUAGCAACAACGUCUCAACACAUAUUUACUAUUAUUUAUUUAAUCUUUAAACACACUGUACAAAAGGCGAACUUAAUGCCAUAAGCCAUUCUCUACCAAUCCAGUAUGUUAUUAGUAGUAGUAGUAGUUCUUAUGCAUUAAAGCAUAAAAAUGUAAUAGGUACAAUCUACACUCAUUCACAAAGAUGAACUGUAGAGUUAAAAAAACUGGGUUUGCAUUCGUACUAUGUUUAUUUGCAUUGUCAUUACGAUCGGGUUUUUUAAAGAUAAAGUCUUUGAAAUAGGUAUUGGAUUAAAUUAUAUGUAUUAAUACGUCAAUAAGAUCUAUAAAUUAUACCCACCAUAACUAUCAUAUUACCUACUACUAAAACACGUUAACCAAUCCAUGAAAUGUGGUUGAUGUAACCUGCCCUAAAUUGUCGUUUAAAGUUUUUUACUGUGUGAAUGUUUGAUGCCGAGUUCACAAUAUUGGGCCGACGUAAGGGACUCGGCAAUACGGAGGAAUAAGAUAGCAAUAUCGCUUGCUCCCUCUAAUACAAAACCGCGUCCCUUAAAUUGGCCUACGUUGGCCCAACAUGUUACUCAGCACGAUACAUAACGGUUGCGUUCGGAACCUAUUACUAAAUGAAUACUUAAUAAGAGCCAUAUUAUGUUGAAUUAAGAGUUCUAAUCUCUAUGGUUAUGUUACAUACAGUACUGUCCGCGCGCCAAAUUCCGUGCGUUCGGAGGCCGAUGAAGGGGGGGGGGGGGUGCGCCGCGCCGCGCCCGUACGUACAAAAUGACACCAGUCACCAUCACUCUGUCAUGACGCCCAACAUUCCUAACAUUAAUUCGCGCGCGGGCAGUAUCUAUUCUAUGAUACCUGUUUUUUGUUGAUAAAAAUCAGAGACCAUAGAUAGUUUUUUAUAACCCUCUUCAAAUAAUUAUUCAGUGACCAUAGAUAGAUAUUCAUAUUCUUAAUUUAGGAUCGUGCGGAACGUCCCUUAUGUAAUUUUAUACAGAGCUGACAUACAAAUCCAAUAAUGGAACACGGACUUCGGCGUUAGGAACCAGACAUACGUCAGUCCUACCCAUAGGACUAAUAAGGGGCUCUUCUUAGGUUUGAAUUAUGAUUUUAUAGAUUUAAAAUUGAUAAUAAUUAAAAAGUACUCGUACCUACAUAAAACGUUGUAUUGUAAGCACUUAACUGAGUGAUUUGUUGCUAAUGUUUAAUAUUCUAUAUUAUAUGGAUAUAUUUUAUCACCUUGAAACUGUUGCGUUUACUAAAUAUUUCAAGUUAUAUUGUCCAAUUAUUGAAAGACUGAGUGUUUGCAUAGUAUGUUGGUUGAAUUGAAGGUAAAACGUAUUUAUCGUGAGUAGUAUUUUUGUAUCUAAUUCUCAAAAGUAGCGUUCAUGCUAUUAUAGGUAUCUGCACCAGAGUUGAGCCACGCACACAACCUGUCAACCGAAACAUGUCAUGACAUGACAGCGGGAUUUAAAACUAAUUUUCUUUUUUCGUACUGAUUACGAGGUCAACAGUGUCAACACCCAAUUGCAAGUUUGAUCAAAAAGUUUCUCCAAGGCCUCCAAGUUCAGUACCUACUUCUUGUAUUGAGACUGACUGAAGUAGCAUGGCAAAUACGAACGUUUCCAAGUUACUAUGGGAACGGAUUAUUUACUACAUGAUAGCUUAACUAUCGUGCACUUAAAUCACAUUUAGACAUUUGAUCUUUUACUACAUUUUGUGCAAUUAGUACUUUAUGUAUGUAACUCUUAAUUCUCCUGCCCACACCUAAACCUACUUUAAAAUUUAGGCAUGUACAAAGAGGCUGAACUUACAGAACAUACGUUCUGCGACUAAUAACUUAAGAAAAACACAUUUAAAAUGGCUGAGAAGGUACCAUUACAUAAACCAUGUACAUGAUUUAGUUACUGAAUUAACUGUUCAGUGUUCACCAAACUCGAUGUCCUGUUAACCAUUUUGACUUGGAACUUAAGACUAGAUUAUCAACAUGAUAAAUUGACUGACUGAUACCAUAAAAUAAAGAAUCAGCCACAUCACUGCUGUUAAUUCUUUAUGUGUAGAGCAGUUUUGCCUCUAAAAUUUCGCUAUUUUACUUAACUUUUCCAAAAUUUGUGGAGAAAAAAGUGGAGAGAACACAAGAGUACGAAGAAGAGAGAAUAGAAAAAGUAAAAAAAAAACAACUGAAAGAGAUAGAGAUUAACGGGCAUUGAGGGACCAGUUAGGAAGGAAGAAGGAACUCGCCGCUAGGGGCAUAACACCUUUAAUAGGGUAAACUAUCCAGUGGUUUGCACUGAGAAGUACAAGUCUUAAGUACCUAUUCUUGUAGGAAAGUCAACACUCCUGCCUAAAAUGCGACCUGAAUAUGGGCUGCAGACAUUUGGGUAGUUUACGCUAAGGAAUUUCUUCAAAUAUCCUCAACACAUUUGUGCGAUGGUCAGCAGAAAUAUGCUUAAGUAUUUAUAUUUAUAUGUUUAUUAUGUAGCGGUACUUAAAAGGUGUAUGUCUUGGCGUUGAUUAAACCAGGACUGAAUUUACUACACAUAUACUGUACAUAUAUUUAACUAAUUGAAAUAAGGAUAUGAAGGAUGUUUAAAGUUUGUUUUCAAUGUUUUUAUUUGCAAGAAACCGAGUAGUACGAGCCCAAAUGCAAAAUAGUUCGUCUAUUAACAUUCUUGUAAUAAACAGAUUUUUAGACUAGAAAUAUCGAGUUCAGGAAAUAAUUAAAGCAAUGAAUAAACACCGUUAAAUAUUCAAAAAAGUAUGUAUUUUUAUUUUAUACAUUAACAAAAGUACAUAUUCCUGUUAUUUACCGUAAAAAAGACAUUUACCUAUUUACUUAACUUAAGCUAUCGAAGCAAAAUAGUUCGUAUGCUAGUAACACAGUGCAAAAUAAUUCGUCUACCGCUAGGUAGUGUCGCCUUUCCUCUUGAUGACGGCUUCAAUUCUUUAUGGCAUUGUGUCAACUAACGCCGCACAUUCCGCAGGGGAUAUUGAAUCCCACACUGCGUUUAUCUUGUUCUUUAAAUCUUCCUUCGACUUGGCGGGAUCCUUACGCAGUUUCUUUUUCAUCUUCCACCACAACGUCUCGAUCGGAGACAAAUCUGGGCUGCUAGGUGGUCAAUUCUGCAGUGUAGGAAUAUUGUGGUUAUGUAACCAAGCCUUCGUGCUCUUGGCAGUAUGGCAAGAAGCACCAUCUUGUUGGAAAACAUACUUGUUGUCAUGUUGUAAACUGGGAAUCGAAGGCAAUAAGCUCGUCUUUAAGAUUUCUUGGUACUUGGGAGCAUUCAUAGUGCCGUCUAUAAACUGCAGCCGAUCCACACCUUGAGCUGACGUACACCCCCAGAUCAUGAGUGAGGCAGGAAACUUGACUUUUCUCUUUAGACAGUCUUGAAAGGCUUCGCCCUUAUUGCGAACAACUUUUUUCCGUUCGUCUCCAACAGCCACUUCAAACUUCGACUCAUCGCUCCAUAAUAUUAUGAAUCGCCACUAAUCAAUAGUCGAAACUGUUCGACGAGCUAAAGCAAAUAUUCGCCUCAUCUUUUUCUGAAGUUCAGUAAGUAAAGGUUUUUCUUUUGCCGUCUCCCAUUCUUUUCAUGACUCGUUUACAUGUAUCGACAGAAACAUCUUUGUUGAUCGUUUCUCGCCAUCUUACAGUGAGUUCCCCUGCCCGAGCACGACGAUUUUGCUUAAUGAUCCUCUUUAAGACUCUGUUUUCGGCUGGUGUUGUGAUGUGUGGGCGACCAGUUUUCUUCAAGCUUAAUACACAUUCAGUUUUCUUGUAUCUUGUGUCUUAUUUGCUAGAUAAUAGAUUGUAUAGAUCUCGCUAGGUGAAGGUCUUCAGCUAUAUUGUACGCAGAUUUUCCUGAUUUACUGCUUGGAAUUAUAACUUUUCGAACGUCUUGCGAAAUUAGUUUAAAUAAUACGAAAUUAAUAAAAUUCGCCUUUUUAUAACCAGUGACAUUUCCAAAAUAUCAAACAAAAUUUAUUUUUAAAUUGAUUCUAAAAGCACUAAUUACUUUGCACCGAUUAUCAUAUCAUAUCACAUCAUAUCACUUCAUAUCAUUUAUUCCAUUGUAAUCAUGUUCAUUUGUACAUUCUGGUCUUACAUUUUGGUCAAGUAGGUACAUGAUACCCUGCUAGGGUGUACAAUAUUGGAUCUUAAAACUACAUAUUUUAAACUUAUACUUAGUUUUAAAAUAAAAUUAAAUGUCAAAAAAUGAACAAUAAUAAUAAGGUAAAAAUUAAUUCGUGCAUUAAAGAUAUUAACAUAAUCAUUAGUGUGAAACGAACUGUUUUGCUUGUGCGACGUCAAAAUAAAAAUGAUUAAUUCUCUUGCUAUGUACAAUACCUAUCAGCCCGAUAUUAAUAUAUAAAGAAAAACUAUGUUCGUCAACAUUGUCACAAAUGCUAAAUAUAUUUUCGAAAGAUUAACAUUCCAGCGGUAAUUAAAGAUUUGAGAAAAAUGGUCGCUAUGAAAGUGACUAGACGAACUCUUGCAUUUGGGCUCGUAUUCCCUAAUCAAUUCGACAUCGACACAUCAGUAGUGAAAUAUGUUCAAAGCGGUUUUUUAAUGUAUUGUUCUUUUGUUAAAAUCAUGUUUUGUUAAUUGUUGUGUUAUUUUUAAGAAACGAUGUAUGCUUUGGGAUAACAAACCCCUUUAGAACUAGUAUACUGCAUUUUUUCCAUUUUAGUUACAUGUGCUACUUACGUUCGGGCUUGCUUAAAUAAUUAAUCCAGUCUUUACAAGUUUACACAUCGUAAAAACAUCACUAUAAUAUUUUCAUGAAGAAAUUUUACUUUUGAAUAAUUGUGACGUUUUCAACCAAAAGGUACCACAUUGUCGCUUGUCGAUAAGGUUGAUUUCUAAUUGAAGCUAUAUGGAAAUAGCGCCUUACUGACAAGCGACAAUAAGUACCCUUUUGGUUGAAAAUGGCACAAUGGGUUAACUAUCGAACGCGUCAGCCUACUGGGUGAGUGUUAAAUACGCUGCGCCUUAAAAUUAAAACUGUGACUGUUCCAAGAAUAGUUUAUGCGGUCGCACCUCAGUGCGUUGAAACGCUAUCGACACUUAUCUGAACACACUGUCCUACUUUAAAGACCCUUCCAUAUUUAAUAGUGCGUGAAUCACAGCGCGAAGGCGCUCGUGCGUACCCGAGCUGCAGAUUUUUGCGCCCUUUUCCUCAAAUUUUUGUCGUUUUGUACCGCGACAAAGAGUGCAAACUAAUCGCCUCCUCAUUCGGUUCGGUAAUGAUAACCAUAACAAGUGGUGGUGUUGUUCUCGCGUGAUUCAUGCACUUGUUAAUGUAUAACUUAAUAAGACCUGCCUGUAGGCCAAGCACAUGAUUGGCGCGACAGUAUCUCGCCACGAGAUAGACUAUCCGUCUUUUUCUAACUUUAUUAAUUAAAGAGGGACGGGUAGUCUAUCUCGCGGCGAGAUACUGUCGCGCCAAUCAUGUGCUAGCCCGGCUGAUAAGGAUCCAGGCAAACGAGUCAAACGUACAGAAGAACAUGUCGAAGAUGUGUGCGCUAAACAAAGACAACUAAAUAUUUAUUGUAACAUGUCACAUGGAUUUAAUUAAAGCGUUUUAUAUAAUU